AUGACAUCGGUAAUUCAGCCUCAAAAAACCGCACUCAUUACCGGAGCUGCUUCGGGGGUUGGGUUUGCUGUGGCAAAGCUCUGCCGCAAUCAGGGUAUGCAUCUAGCAUUGCUAGACAUUGACCACGACAACUUAAUCAGAGCGAAGGACAUCUUGACCGAACUGGAUCCGGCUCUCAGAACAGAGACAUACGUACUCGAUGUCGCCGAUACAGCAGCAUGGAAGCAGAUUUCAAAACAAAUCAGCGUGCAUUUCCCUUCUAUCGACUUGGUGGUAUUGAAUGCGGGAAAGGGGUACAAGCCUCAAGAAGCCGAUGGAAAUCGGCUCAACGCUUGGCUAGAUGGUGACUACUGGCGCAAGACAUUUGACACAAACGUGUACGGUCCUUUGAACGGACUAGAAGUUGUACUCCCUUUGAUCCUCUCUUCCGACUCACAAUCUCCGAAAUCAAUCGUCGUCACAGGCUCCAAGCAGGGCAUUACCAACCCGCCCGGUGGUAGUAACCCUGCAUACAAUGCGUCCAAGGCGGCAAUCAAGAGCUUGACAGAGCAUCUCGCCCACGACUUACGGUCCGAUCCUGCCACAGCUCAUAUAUCUGUGCAUCUUCUGAUCCCUGGCUGGACAUGGACGGGUCUUAUGGGCAAUACCGGCCCAACGAACGAAGACGAAAUCAAAAAGCCGGCUGGGGCUUGGUACCCAAGUCAGGUCGCGACAGAGAUGUUAAAGGGGCUAGAAGAGAGCUCAUUCUAUAUAAUCUGCCCAGACGGUGAGACUGAUUAUGCUUUGGACCAGGCUCGCAUGAAAUGGGGAGCAGAUGAUGUUGUCGAGGGCCGAGCGCCAUUAUCGCGUUGGGAUUCCAAUUGGAAAAGUCGCGCCGAGGAUGCGAUCCAGUCGGACGCAAAAACGCGGAGACAGUAA